GGCGGUAAUUAUUCGCGCAAUUUCACCUCAAAAAAUAUUUUCGUUUCAAUAAUAAUUUCAAUUUUUAAAACAGCAAGAGGUUAAAAAUGUGUUAAAAAUAAUCACAAGAGGAUUUUCGCAAUAAGUUUAUCUGUAAGAAUCAAAUUCAGUGAUUGUGAUCACCUGUUUGUGAACUUCGACUUGGGUUGUUUUUUUUCAAGUCAGCAAAAAUGUCUAAUAUGAGGGGUAUGACGAACGCAGCCCGUGUCCUGACUAAACGACCGUUCAGAGUAUCCAUAGAAGGCAAUAUAGGCUCUGGAAAGUCGACGUGCAUCAAGUUUUUCGACAAGUAUCCUAAUGUUGAAAAACAUGCGGAACCUCUGAACGAGUGGCGAGACGUCAGCGGCCACAACUUACUGGGCCUCGUGUACAGCGAUCUGCAGAAGUGGACCUUCCCGUUCCAACACUAUGUCCAUCUCUCCAGGCUCAAGAUCCAGACCAGCCCCCCGGCCAGCCCUAAUAUUACUGUCAAGAUGUUUGAAAGAUCUGUUCAGAAUAGUAGGUUUUGUUUCGUCGAGAAUGCAAGAAGGCACGACAUUCUCCAUGAUGCGGAAUUCCAGGUUCUAAACGAGUGGUACACAUACGUAGAGAAGAAUCUGGAUAUUAGCUUGGAUCUGAUAGUGUAUCUGAAGAGUUCACCACAAGUGGUCUGGGAGAGAAUGAUGAGACGAGGCAGAGCAGAGGAAUCGGAAGUGCCCCUGGAUUAUCUACAACAGGUCCAUGAUGCAUACGAAAGUUGGCUGAGUUCUCCAGACAUUGGCUGUGAAGUGCUGACCAUAGAUGCCGACCGAAGCAUAGACUGUGUGAUGGAAGACUUAGAGAGAUACAGCUACAAAAUACUCGGAGGAAACCAUACAAACUAAUGCAGCUCAAUUUUACAUUAAUUAUUAGACCAUUUAUAAGAUCUUCUGUGAAACCAAUGAUAGUAUUUAACAGCUUGAUUAUUGCAUACAGGGUGUAAAGGACAAAUUGGCAUAAAUUCUGAGAUUUAAAAAACUACAUUAAUUAGGCGAGGUUUCAAAUUUAAAUUAGGUGCAAAUUACCAUUACUAUUUUGAAAUAUUCUACAAAAUUCUUCUAUUUUAUUUUAUUUUUGUGAGGGGCACCAUAAAUUUAAUUUAAAGUUAUUGCCAACUUAUCCCUUACAUUCUGUUUAUCACGUAAUUUUAACGAUUCUAUGGCGUUAAUGACUAAAAACUGCUACCGCCACUCAGAUGAGGUCUCCUUUAAGACUUAUGUAUUUGUAUGUCAUAUAAUUAAGUAGACUGGUGAUAUUUAUUGUUGCCUUUUAGACGUAGUGAAUCUGCUGCUUAUUAUUUUUAGAGAUCGUGACGUAACAAACGACGAAUAACUUGUUUCCAUUAUUGGACGUAAUAAACUACUUUACAUAAAUUAAGGCAACGUCGCACAUUGCGGAAUAUGACGUCUAUUGUAUGUAAUCAACAAUCAAAUAAAAAGUGCAGACAAACAGACAAAGCCCAGCAGAUGCACUUAAGUUUUAUCAUAUAUCCAGCUGGAAUCCUGGUUACAGUAAUAUUUUAUUGAAAAGAUAUUUAUCUAUGUUAGUACUUUUAUGACUUGUGUAUGUAUUAAAGACUGAAUAAAUGUAUUGUAUUUAUAAAAAAGAAAAUUUUAUUUGCUAUGUUAAUUUUCUUUGAUCUAUGCAAUUCAACAUAUAAAUCAAUCUUUCUUAGCAUUAAUUUAUUGAUUUGUCAUAAAUUAAAUUAUGUAUUAUUAACUACCUCAUUUAUAUUUCAAAUUAAUAAUAAAGCAAUUUUUAUGAUCA